AUGCCUCUGCCUCAGCUUUUGUUGCAUAUGAAAGAAGCAUACAAGGAAGCCAAGGAGGAGUUCUGCUCACAAAUUCGAAGAUUUACUGAUAUUGACAAGCAAACCAACGUUGGCAUUAACAGUUAUGUAUCAAUUGGGAGGUUUCUCUAUUCUCCGGAUGUAAGAAAAUCACCACAACUAGGUGGUGCCCUUGAAUCAUGGCGUGGUUUCUCCCAGAGUAUAAGACCUACUCAUAUGGGAUUGUCACUUAACAUUGAUAUGUCAUCAAUGGCAUUCAUUGAACCACUACCUGUAAUUGAAUUUGUUGCUCAAAUUUUGGGAAAAGAUGUACACUCAAAACCAUCGUCAGAUGCAGAUCAUGUCAAGAUUAAAAAGGCACUAAGAGGUGUAAAAGUGGAUGUUACACACAGAGGAACAUUUCGCAGAAAGUACAGUAUAUCAGGACUGACUUCACAGCCAACAAGGGAGCUUAUUUUCCCUCUUGAUGACCAAAUGGACAUGAAAUCAAUAGUUGAUUAUUUUCUAGAAAUGUAUGGAUAUACACUCCAAUUUUCUCAUCUACCUUGCCUUCAAGUAGGCAGCCAAAGGAAGGUGAACUAUUUGCCUAUGGAGGCAUACAAGAUAGUUGGAGGCCAGAAAUUUACAAAAGGACUAAACGAAAAGGAGAUAACUUCUCUGCUAAAGGUUUCAUGCCAGAGACCCUGUGAACAAGAGACAGACAUUUUGCAGACAAUUCAACAAAAUGACUAUGCAAAUAAUCCCUAUGCAAAGGAGUUUGGUAUUAGCAUAGACAACAAGCUUGCAUCAGUUGAGGCUCGGGUUCUUCCUGCUCCAUGGUUGAAGUAUCAUGACACUGGACGAGAGAAAGAAUACUUACCACAAGUUGGUCAGUGGAAUAUGAUGAAUAAGAAAGUUAUAAAUGGAGGUAACAUAAGAUAUUGGGCAUGUAUUAAUUUCUCACAAAGUGUACAGGAAAGUACAGCCCGUGGAUUUUGCCAACAGUUAGUUAAGAUGUGUCAAAUCUCUGGCAUGGAAUUCAAUCAGGACCCUGUGAUUCCUGUAUAUUCAGUGAGACCAGAUCGAGUAAAUAAGGCUUUGAGGUCUGUACAUUCUGUUGCUAUGGAAAAACUUCAUGGGAAAGAGUUAGAGUUGCUGAUUGCCAUUCUUCCAGACAUUAAUGGCUCUCUGCAUGGUGCUGUCAAAAGAAUCUGCGAAACAAAUCUGGGGUUGAUUUCUCAGUGCUGCCUUACAAAGCAUGUAUUCAAGAUUAAUAGACAGUACCUAACAAAUGUGGCACUACAAAUCAAUGUCAAGAAGGAAGGAAGAAACACAGUACUUUUGGAUGCUAUAAGUUGGAGGAUUCCACUGGUUAUUGAUAUACCAACAAUAAUAUUUGGAGCUGAUGUAACUCAUCCAGAACCUGGAAAGGAUUCUUGCCCAUCUAUUGUUGCUGUUGUAGCAUCCCAGGACUGGCGGGAAGUAACAAAGUAUGCAGGGUUGGUCUGUGCUCAGCCUCAUAGCGAAGAACUCAUUGAAGAUCUUUUCAAAUGUUGGAAAGAUCCACAGCGUGGUGUAGUUUAUGGUGGUAUGAUCAGGGAGCUUUUACUCUCAUUUAAGAGGGCACCUGGUCAAAGACCAUUGCGAAUAAUCUUUUACAAGGAUGGGGUAAGUGACAGUCAGUUCUACCAGGUUUUGCUGUAUGCGCUUGAUGCCAUCCGCAAGGCUUGUGCAUCCUUGGAACCUAGUUACCAACCUCCAGUAACAUUUGUCGUGGUUCAAAAACGGCAUCACACUAGACUCUUCUCAAAUAAUCCCAAUGACAGAAACAACACUAAUAAGAGUGGUAAUAUCUUACCUAGUACUAUGGUGGAUUCUAAGAUAUGUAAUAUUGUUGGAGAUGAGGUAUCUGUCAUUGCACCUAACACUCCAUCCCUUUAUGAAGCUCAUUUCGGGAUUCCAAUGGCAGGAGCUGUACUGAACACUAUUAAUAUUCGGUUAAAUGCAUCAACAGUAGCUUUCCUUCUUCGUUAUUGUUCAGCAGCAGUUGUAAUCGUGGAUCAAGAGUUCUUUUCCUUGGCAGAAGAAGCUUUGCAAAUCUGGUCUGAGAAAAGCAAAAGCUUUAAGCCUCCAAUUUUAAUUGUCAUUGGUGAUGAGAACUGCAAACCUAAUGAACUCAGAUAUGCUUUGGCCAAAGGAGCCAUCGAAUAUGAGAAAUUUCUUGAAAGUGAUGAGUGGCAGAGCAUUGCUUUGGGUUACACAUCUGGUACCACUGCUAGUCCUAAGGGCGUGGUAUUACACCACCGAGGGGCAUAUCUAAUGUCUCUAAGUGGAGCUCUUAUUUGGGGAAUGCAGGAAGGUGCUGUGUAUCUGUGGACAUUACCCAUGUUUCUUUGCAAUGGCUGGUGCUAUACUUGGACACUUGCCGCUUUUUGUGGGACAAACAUUUGUCUUCGUCAAGUAACAACAAAGGCAACUGCAUUUGGGAUGUCAUGUAUUUUUAUCUUUGACCCUGGUAUUGUUAUAACUUAA